AUGCAGUGUGGUGCCCAUGCGGGAGGGGAGGCGCAACAGCAGCCCCUGAAUGAAGUGGAGGGGAAACUCCAACACCCAAGUGGCAGGGCAAAGAUCCUGUGCCAACCCCUCUCAUAUGGUUCCUUCCUAAACCAACUUUGAUGCCCAGCCUUCCCAAACCCAUCUCUCACUCUUCUGUCCUGAACGACACUGCCCGACCAGCUGGUCAUAUAUGGAUCCUAUCCCUCGUAUAGCAAAACCCUAUCCCAAUCCAAAAGGCACAGUUCCCAGACAAAAAUCAACCCCUAUGCCUAGACACCUGACAACUUCUCACAGUACCUCCCCUCCCCAGUGUAUGCCCCCUGACUACAACCCAAUGAGAUAG